CCUACCCAACCAAACACAAAAGAAGAAGCUUCCUCCUUUUCUUCACUUCUACACCAUUAUAAAGCCCCAUUUUUUCUCUCCUCAAACCCCUACUUCCUCCUCCUCCCCCACCAAAAUAAUAUAUUUGAAAAGAGGGGAAAAAAAAAAAAAAAAAACUCUAGAUCCUCUGUUUCAUACCUUGAUGGCUUCCUCUCCUCUGUUUUUUCUGUACUACUACAACAUACUCUGUUUUCUCCUAACAUUAUUCUCUGUUUCCCAUUCCUCAAUUGUUCUCCUCCCUCUAACCCACUCUCUCUCCAAAACUCAACACAACUCCACCACCCACCACCUCCUGAAAUCUACCUCCAGCCGCUCCGCCGCCCGCUUCCUCCGCCACCACCACCACCACCGCCAAGUGUCCCUCCCUCUCUCCUCCGGCAGCGACUACACUCUCUCUCUCACUCUCGCCACCACUCCUCCUCAGCCCGUCUCUCUCUACAUGGACACCGGCUCCGACCUCGUCUGGUUCCCCUGCUCCCCUUUCGAAUGCAUUCUCUGCGAAGGCAAAUCCAAUCCCUCCACCACCCUCCCUCCUCCCAAACUCCCCCAAAACGCCACCGUUUCAUGCCACUCCCCCGCCUGCGCCGCCGCCCACUCCUCCCACUCCUCCUCCGACCUCUGCGCCAUCGCUCGCUGCCCUCUCGACUCCAUCGAAACCUCUGACUGCUCCAACUUCUCCUGCCCCCCUUUCUACUACGCCUACGCCGACGGAAGCCUCGUCGCUCGCCUCCAUAAAUACUCAUUCUCCAUUACUCCUUCUUUGCUCCUCAACGACUUCACUUUCGGCUGUGCCCACACCGCUCUCGGCGAGCCCAUCGGAGUCGCCGGCUUCGGUCAGGGUCUACUCUCCAUGCCUGCUCAGCUCGCGAAACUCUCUCCUCAAUUAGGACAACACUUUUCCUACUGUUUGGUGUCUCAUUCGUUCGACUCGGAACGAGUGAGGAAACCGAGUCCGCUUAUUCUCGGACGGAAGGAGAAGCGAGUUGAGGGGGAGGAAAGAGUUGAGUUUGUGUACACCACCAUGAUUGAUAAUCCCAAGCAUCCUUACUUCUAUUCUGUUGGUUUCCUCGGUAUUUCCGUCGGGAAGAGGAACAUUCCGGGGCCGGAGUUUCUGCGGAGGGUCGACCGGAGGGGAGGUGGAGGGAUGGUGGUGGAUUCCGGGACGACGUUCACGAUGCUGCCGGCGAGUUUUUAUGACUCGGUGGUGGCUGAGUUCGACCGCCGAGUGGGGCGAGCUCACGAGCGGGCGACGGAGAUUGAGGACAAGACCGGGUUGACGCCAUGUUAUUUCUUCGACGACAAUAAGGUGAUUGUCGUUCCGACAAUGACUCUUCACUUUCUUGGUGGGGAUGAGAAGAAAAAUAAAUCAUCGGGUGUGGUGUUGCCUAGGAGGAACUAUUUCUAUGAGUUUUUGGAUGGUGAUGAUGCGAAGAAGAGGAAGGUUGGGUGCUUGAUGCUGAUGAACGGUGGAGAUGAGAAGGAGUUGAGUGGUGGGCCGGGGGCUACGCUAGGGAACUAUCAGCAGCAAGGUUUCGAGGUGGCCUAUGAUUUGGAGAAUCGGAGGGUUGGAUUUGCAAGGAGGCAGUGCUCAUCGCUUUGGGAUAGUUUAAACCAAUGAAACCAAAGUAUUGAAACCUUCUCGGUGUUGACUUUCUCAAUCCGGGGAAGGUUUGACUUGGGCUGGGUUUUAAGUUAACGCCCACGUGGGGAUUCGAUCAGAUUUCUCGUCCAUGUACAUGUUCUUUUCUUUUCUUUUCUUUUUUUUUUUUUUAAAGUAAUAAGGUGGGUUUUGAAAAUUGGUAAAUUAGUAUUGCAAUUUGCACUCCACUUUUUUGCUUGAUGCUCAGUUCCACUGAAAAAUGUACAUAUCUUAUAUGUAUAAUGUCCGUGUUAGAAAGAAAGUGGGGCAUGAAGCAAAAAAUGAAGUGUAAACAAAACCAAAAGGCAUGUGUAACAUAUAACGAAUGAUCCUAUUGAGAUUCAGUGUAAACUUUGUAAAGCAAUCAAUUUGUUCAGUCCAUCCCAUCCCAUGUAAGCUGAUUGUUCAUGUUAUAUACACUUACACUUAUAAAGCAGUGUACUUGAUCA